GCUUUGUGACUACAUCAGGAGUGGCGAUCGAUACCCUUUAGAAGAAUUUUAUGCUGUUUUCAUAUCCAAUGACAGGAGGAUGAUUCCACUCUGGAAGCAGAAAUCAGGACGUGGAGAUGAGCCUGUUGUCUGGGACUACCAUGUUAUUCUACUUCACGUUUCCAGCGGGGAGCAGAACUUCAUUUAUGAUCUUGACACAGUGUUGCCGUUUCCAUGUCCUUUUGACGUGUACAGUGUGGAGGCCUUUAGGUUGGAUGACAGCCUUCGUCCAGAAUUUCACAGGAAAAUCAGAAUUAUUCGAGCAGAUUUGUACUUGAAGACAUUUGCUUCAGACAGAUCUCAUAUGAAGGAUGCAAAUGGGAAAUGGCAGAAACCUCCUCCUUCAUACCCUUGCAUUCAAACUGCAGACUCCAAGAUGAACUUGGAUGAUUUCAUCAGUAUGAAUCCCAAGGUGGGAUGGGGCUCGGUGUUUCCCCUUCCAGACUUUGUGCAUCGAUUUGGCAGACAGACUGAUUACAGCUAUUCCUUGGAAGGACAGUGAACAAAGUUCUCCCUGCUUCUGUUUUGAAUGGCAAACAUGGGUUGUAGACUGAGCGACCUGAGAAAGUUGCACCAGGGAAGAGGAAGGAGGUGGGAAAAUCCCACCGUAUCCCUGCAGGAGUCACAGUUACCUCCCACCAGCUGCCUUGCAGAACCGUUACUGAGACACCGUCCGUGACCCGGGUGGUGGCUGUCCCCUGCGACGGGUGCGAGCCACGCUGCCGGAGGGCAGGACCUGCAGAGCAUCGCUUCACGCGUCACCUGGCUGAGCAGAUGGCUCCAGCUUUGGUGGGGUUGCCCUCCUGCGACACUGUGGAUUCACAGGCUUGGAGAAUCUCAUCUCCUCUCGAGGUGAAACCUGUCUGGACAUCUGUCCCUCUUCAGGUAAUUACCUGCUCAGAAAUUUGAGGGAGAGAAUGCUGGUGAUUGUCUUCUCCCUUCUGGCCUCCUCCUCAUGCAGGAGUUGGGCCAGUUGAGGCCAAGGUUAAUGAAGCAUACCCAGGGAGCGAGUGUCUGGAGACAUCUGCUGACGCUUGCUCAGCAGCUGCGCGCACCCUGCCCCGUGGAGCUCGGCUCUCGGUGAAGGUUCUCGUUUGUCAUCAUGGAGUCAGAAGCGAAGCACUCCACACAAAUGCAGCCUUUCAACAAGUUAAGUGCUGCUGCAGUAGUGGUUCUGGAAAAUCUCUCCAGUUUGACCUAAAAUAAACAAAUAUGGUUGCUUAAGUAUCCUCAAUGUUUCCUUAUACUUACAGUAGGAAAUACCUUGGAUACUGAGGGCAGCUAAAACAAAUCUUACUUAGUUAUCUAA